UUAUGGGCGGUUUUUUGUGAACCCCGAUCGGCUGGGUUGCGUCGAGGUCUCGAUGACGGCGGAUCGUGGUGAUGUCUGGUCUGGGUCCUUUGGGUUUCAGGUUGGCUGGAAAAUGGAGAGAAGGCGACUUGAUAUGAUAGGAGGAGGAGCAGAUGGUGGUGGUAUCUAGACAGCGGUACUCCGUACCCACAAUGGUUAUUUUCUACGGCAGAAUCAUUGUCGGUUUCUCGUUUCUCCAUGUCGUUCAACCUCAAAACCUCCCAAUACUAUUCCGUACUCCGUUAUGGUUUAUUAUUCAGAUCUGUGGAGGGUCAAGGAAUCAACUAUCAAAGGUCCUCUUCGGGGAGAACGAAAUUGAAUACCCUUCCUUCCCACUCAUUAGAUUAAGAGGCGGAAGCGGUAGAUAUUCCAUAUUCAAUAUCGUCCCGGCUCUGUUUUGACUUUUGAGUUCGAGUCGGUCUCGCGUGCCCCCGGUUGCCAUGACGAGAUGGAAGACGGCCUUUAAAUUAAAGAGCAUGGGAGCCGCUGUACACAAA